GGUUGUCUGUUGACCUAUGCUUCUACUCGGCAGCCUCCAACCAUUACCAACCAACCAACCAACCAACGAGCGAACCAACGAGCCAACGAACCAACUAAACCUCAACUUACCAAACCGCCGAAAGAACUUUCAGAACAUCAACCAUCCUCAAGAUGGCCGACGAACCUACUGAAUCGACCACGAACCUGGUCGCCACACCAGAUCCAGCACCAACUACUCAAGAGCCUGAGCCCGCAAAUGAGAUCCCUGAAACCAGCGACUCACCUCAGAUAGCCAAUCCUCUCGAGCUUCCGCUACCAGAAAAACCACCAGCCGAGCAGAACGCGCCCUUAUUUGCACCAUCCCCUACCGCCUCCGAGAAUAACCAGGGCAAUGAUCUACCAACAUUAUCGCCCACUAUCAUCGAAAACAAGCAGGAGGCCGAUGAUCCAACCCCACUAUCACCUACUGCAUCCGAAAACAGGCAGACCAGUGAUCCAUCGUCCACUGCCUCCGAAAACAAGAUGAACAAUGAUCCAUCACCUGCUACCUCUGAAAACAAGCAGACCAAUGAUCCAUCACCUUCUACCUCCGAAAACAAGCAGACCAAUAAUGACCCAUCACCCACUCCUACCUCAGAAAACAAGCAGACCAAUAAUGAUCCAUCUCCGCCCUUAACUCAACCGGUUCUCUCUAGACUGGCUAGUCUUCGUCAGAGGGUGGAAAAAGAUCCAAUGGAUGGUGAGGCUUGGAUUGAGUUAAUUGCCGAUGCAGAGAAAAAGGGGGAUCUCGAGAAGACCCGUGAAGUGUACUCAUCCUUCCUCCAACAUUUCCCCGAUGCUGCCAAUCAAUGGAUAGCAUAUGCAGAUCUAGAGCUAGGACAUGGCCAUUUCCCUGAAGUUGAACAGAUCUUUUCCCGCUGUCUACGAUCCUCGGUCUCAGUCGAACUAUGGGCAUUCUACUUGAAUUAUAUCCGGAGAGUCAAUCCAGUCGAGGGGGAUAAGGCCGCCGCCUCACGUGCCAUCAUUAUUUCUGCCUACGAUUUCAGUCUCAAUCAUAUCGGGAUUGAUCGUGAGUCUGGGCAGAUCUGGCUGGACUACAUCAAUAUUGUGAAAGCCGGUGAGGCCGCUGGUACUUGGCAAGAACAACAAAAGAUGGACUCGUUACGUAAACUUUACCAACGCGCCGUUUGUAUUCCCCUGGAUAACAUCGAACAGAUUUGGAAAGAGUAUGAUGGCUUUGAACAUCAAAUGAGCAAAAUGACUGCCAAGAAAUUUCUGGCUGACAAAUCGGCACAGUAUAUGACGGCGCGUGGGGCACUAAAGGAAAUGAAGAGCCUGACAGAUCCCUUACUGCGCCCGAGAGUGCCUGCCAAACCGAAUUGGAAACGAAUCAGUGAUCAUAAACAGCUCGAUCAGUGGAAGACCUAUCUUGCUUGGGAGGAGAAGAACCCGCUGGAAAUAGCGGAUAAAAACCUUCUCAACACUCGGAUUCAGUACGCCUAUCGACAGGCUAUCAUGCACAUGCGUUUCUAUCCCGAAAUCUGGUAUCUUGCAGCUAGUCACUUGCAAAAGAACGACAAGGCCGAAGAAGCCCUGGCGGUUCUACAGGCUGGAUUGACAGCAAAUCCCACAAGCAUUGUGUUGACGUACGCAAUCGUGGAGGCACAUGAAAAUUUGAAAAACUAUCCCGCAUGUUAUGCGGCAUUCAAUUCACUGAUCGAAUACUAUCAUUCGGAGAUAGACGAGAUCAACAAGACCAUCGAAAAGGAAAUCGCACAUGGGAUUCCGAUCAUCGAGUCCAAGACUGCCAAUCCAACGACUUUGCCCGAUGGAGAAGCUGAUCAAGAGCUGACCGAAGAAGAAAAGCAACGUGCUAAGGAGGAAGAGCAACUUCGGACAAACAUAACCGCGCUCUAUAAACCUAAGAUUGACGAGUUUCGUGAAGCGGCCGCAAGUGUUUGGAUCACGGAGAUGCGCUUUGCACGGCGAACCGAGGGAAUUAAACCAGCUCGAGCGGUUUUCACUCGGGCACGUAAAGCGCCCUAUAUCACCAGCCAUGUCUUUGAGGCCUCAGCUAUGAUGGAAUAUCACUGGAACAAGGAGCCUGCUGUGGCCACCAAGGUCUUCGAUCUCGGCCUCAAGACGUUCAGCGAGGACGUUAACUAUGUGCUUCAAUACCUUCACUUUUUGAUCACCUUGAAUGAUGAUAGCAACGCCCGCGCUCUAUUUGAGAAAACCGUUUCGAAGAUUCCUCCUGAAUCUGCUCGUCCCCUGUGGCGUAGAUGGGCCGCUUAUGAAUUCAUCUAUGGUGACAAGGCUGCGAGUGAAAAGCUGAAUUCCCGAGUGGCUGAGAUCUUUCCAGACUGGGGCGUCGUGGAGCGUUUGUCAGACAGGCAUGCCUACGCUGAUUUGGGGGACGUCUUGGGACGAGAGUUAGGAACGGCGAUCGAGCCGAUCCCUCUCCGGAAUCGAUCGCCCUCACCAGCUCCAGGACAUCAGGAAGGGUUUGGGUUCAAACGGGGCGGUGCAGGAGGGCACGAGGCGGGGCAUCAUCCAGGGGGGAUUCCAUCGGGUCCAGCCUCGUACCGAAACCGGCAGCAACAGCACCAUCUACGCGACCGGAGUUUUUCGCCGGACUUCCGACCCAAACGGCCCCGUGGCCAACGCUCGUCGCUCUCACCCGAGCGUCGUAACGGUCCCGCUUCCCUCCCUCCCUCUGUCAUCGAUGGCCCCUCUAACCCUCCUAGUAAACGUGGACGCGAGAAUUACGAAAAUAAUCCGAAGCGCAACCGCUUUUCCAGUCCUCCCUCGAGGAGUAGAGAAAGCCCGCCACCACCGAAUCCUUAUGCGUGGUUCCCAGAAGGCUUGCGCUACUUCCUUGGUAUCUUGCCUCUAGCCACAAGCUUUGAAGGGCCUCGACUAGAUACCAAUACUGUUCUCCAAGUCCUCAGCGAAGCGACGAUCCCAGUCAGUCCAAGUGCGCCGAAGAAUAACUCCGGGGGAACCCCACACGGACCAAGCAAUGUGUCCGGUUGGGGCCCUAAUCGUGGCGGUGGUAAUGGCACUUCCGGCAGAGGAAAUCACAAUGCUACCCGCCGCGGAAGACGGAAAUAACUUCAUCUCCUUCUUUCUCUCUGUCAUUAUUCUUCUUCACCAAAAUAAAACAUCAUCAUCAUCAUACCGCACCCCCCCCCUUUACCUUUCACAUUAUUUAUACCUAUAUAUCCUUUGUCAGUAGACCCGAUGAUUUUUACUUUGGGCGGUUGGUUCUUUUUGGUUUCCUUAAACAAGUAUACUUAAAUAUA